CGGUCUGUGAAGAGGGGGACACCCGGCGACAGCGCGGCACCAUGUCCUUCCCCUUCAGGAGGAGAGAAGCCAACCAGUUCAAGCACAUUGCUCAUGGCCUCAUCCCUGCAGCCACCGUAGCCCCCCGCUCCGCUGUUCCUCGCACCCCACCCCCCCGUAGCCCGAACCCCUCUCCGGAGAGACCCAGGUCCGCUCUUGCUGCUGCCAUUUUGAUGACCUCCCUAACCGGUCGCACGGUCGCCAUACCGCAGCCGCGCCAGAGAUCCUACUCCGAAACCGACAGCAUGUGCGUUGACCGAACGAGCCAGAUCGAACCCUACGCUUCAGCCUCGGAGCUCGGAAUAGCACAAAAUUGGAAGGACUACGCCAACCGGAAAAAGCAACGCUCUCCCGUCAUGUCCUCCCAGUAUGACGACGAUGACGGCACGGAGGAGCAAAUGUCGGAGAUCGAGAAACAAUUUGUUCAGCAAGCGUCGCCGAGGAGAGAUGAAAAUGUGGCAGCGGAGCCGAUCUACGCUCUUCCGCACAAGGGCCGCAAGAGACCUACAGCCUCUCCAGAGCAGGAGGAAAUUGAUGGCAGCGGAGCAACUUCUUCUGACAUGGACAAUUAUCAAGCCUUUUCAGAUCACUCUCCCGGAGAAGAAAGCAGAGUUGAUCCCGCUGCGGAGUCUCCGAUACCUGAGCCGGACCCAACAGCCCGCAGAUCCCGAGUGACCGAAGUGGUCAGAUCAGGUUCCACCAAUUUAUUGGAGGCUGUUACUCCCACUGGUGCAUCGGAGGCCGUAGGUCGCCCUGCUGUAUCGGAGGCGGUAAGUCACCAUGGUGUAUCGGAGGCUAAAGGUCGCCCUGGUGUAUCAGAGGCGGCAAAUCACUGUGGUGUAUUGGAGGCAGGAACUCGUGGCUCCCAUGAAGUAAACCAGGAGGAGAUCAGGCAGCUUCACACAGCAAACCAGCAGCUGACCAACAAGAAUCAUGAGCUGAGCAUUCAGGUGGAGGAGAUGAAGCAGCAGAUGAAGGCCUGGAGACUGAAGAUGAAGAAUCUGAAGAAUGAGAAGGAGCUGGAAGAAGCCUGGAAGACAUCCCACAUGGGAGCAGACGCGGCGGAACUGGUCUCACUCCAGCAACAGGCGCAAGAAUUGGUAGACGAGAAUGACGCAUUGAAAAUGACCAUCCACCGUCUCAACGUCGAGCUGAGCCGCUAUCAAACCAAGUAUCGCCCGUUAACCAAGGAAGAGAAUCUGAAGAUUGGUGGGUUACCUCCCAAAGGACCUCCACCGCCGUGGCUGCUGGAUAUGAAAUACCUGUCACCGCUCUUACUGGCAUAUGAAGACAGGCUGAAGGAAAAAGACCACUUGAUCCUGUCGUUCGAGGAGGAAAUAACUAAUUUUAAGCGCCGCGUCAAGCAGGUGAUUGAGGAGAAUGAGAGACUGCACCAGGUGUUGGAGCAAGAGAGACCCGUAAAUUCUAAGGAAUGGGAGAUGCUUCAGAGUCAAAAUAAACUCCUCUCUGAGGAGAACACAGUCCUGGUGGAGAAGCUGGAGGUUCAGGAGAUGAAGAGCCGAGAGAGUCAUGCAAAACACCUGCAGGAAGUCUCCCAAUUAACGAAGCAGCUAAUGACGCUGGAAGCUACAAACCGCAGCAGCGAAGAGGCGCUGUUAGAAACGCAGAAGCAGCAGGAACUUCUACGCUCCAAGUACAGCGAGCUGAAGGCGAACAUGGAUGGCAGCGUCGCAGCAGAGGAGCACGUUGCCAUGGUGAACGAAUUAAAAAGCCAACUGCGGCAGCAACAGGACACCAGCGAGAAGGAAGCGCGCGAGAUGAUGGACAAGAGCAGGGAUCUGCAGUCCCAGAAAAAAACCCUCCUGCUCCAGAAAAACGACUUGGUGGACGACAACAAGAUCCUGGAGGCUGAGCUGGAGGCCGUUCGGAAAUCCAAUAGGAAGAUGAAGAGGAGGGUCGGCCAGCUGAGGCAGCAGUUGGAGGACUCCAUGGAGAAGGAGGUGACGGCUCACCAGUAUCUGGCCAAUCUUAUCACUCUUGCAGAGAAUAUCACCGGAGAAAGAGACCAGCUCAUACACGUGGCUAAAGGCUUGGAAGCGGAAAAACAUGGAGUGUUAUCUAAGAUGAUGGAGGGCAGCGUACGUCUGGGAAGACUAGAAGAGAUGGUGAAGGUGUACAAGAAGAAAGCAGCCACCACGGUGCGAGGAAUCACUCACACACUGACAGAGCAGGAGGAAGAUUUUGCUGGGAAGGCAGCCCGCUACCAGCGUGAGAUGAAGCACCUCCACUGGCUCCUACAAGACAGGCAGGAAACGCUCAAUGAAGCCUUGCAGCAGAAGAAACGAGUAGAAGGUGAACUUGAAGUUAUCUGGGAGUCGGCGUCCAAUGAAAACCGACAACUGAAGGGACUCUUACACGACACUCUGAAGCAGACCAAGCACAUCGCCAGCCACUCGUCACCGGGCUUCCAGCACCACUCCGCCGUUGGCUUCAGUUACUGCGAAGUGAAUUCCUUCUCUCACCAGGACGAGCCGGCCAGCUAGACCCGAAGGCGAGCCUCUUAUCUCCGCCGUAAACCGAGUCCUAGUGAUAAAUCUCAGGUUACUUUUCUCAUUUCCCUGA